AUGAAGUAUCGUAGUAAUAUAGAUCAAGGUGUUUCUGAUAGCAACCAUAACUUUUCGGAAAAACCUCUACUAGUACGGUUAAAAGGAAAAUUGUAUGAUGUGGCCCAAUUUGCUGAUAAACAUCCCGGAGGGAUUAAGGUUUUGCAUAAAGUAGCAGGAGAAGAUAUUGAUGAGUUUAUGUCAGGAAAUGUUCGAAUAUCCGGAGUCAAGCACGAGCAUUCAGAGGCUGCCUACAAAAUGAUCGAAAAGUACGAUGUUGAGAACUUUCAAAAGGGUGAUCCAACAUUAGAUAAUUCAUGUGGAGUAUUGCCUAAAGUUGGUAAAUUGGGAAGUGACUACUGGAUGUGGAUACACCAACCAUAUGAAGGAACCAUCAGAUUGUUUGACUCAGAUUUUAUGGAAUCAUUAACUAGAACCCCAUGGUGGCUAGUUCCUACAGUUUGGGUUCCUCUGGUGGUGUUGUUCAGCUAUUUCUCUUUAUCAGACUUCUAUGCUUCAUAUGGAACUCAAAAAGGAGCUUUAAUGUGGGCCUUUUUAUUCUCAAUCGGAAUUUUGGGGUGGACUUUGUUAGAAUACUCAUUGCACAGAUUUGUGUUCCACUGGAAGCCUAAUCCAGAUUCACCGAACCAAUUAGUAUUCCAUUUUCUCAUGCAUGGUCUUCAUCAUAAAACUCCCAUGGAUGGAGAUCGCUUAGUGUUUCCACCAACCCCCGCUGCCAUAAUCAUUGGAUUCUUUUACCUUAUCUACUCAAGUAUACUGCCAUGGGCGGUUUUCUGUGCUUUUGGUAGUGGAAAGUUAUUUGGUUAUGUCUGCUAUGAUGUAAUUCAUUAUUACUUACAUCAUGGUCGACCACAACCUUUAACUAAUAUGCAUUUUAGAAAAGUUUAUCAUCAUAACCAUCAUUUUAAAGACUUCGAUCUUGGCUUUGGUAUUUCCUCAUCGUUAUGGGAUUACGUGUUUGAUACAGUUGGUUUGGGUCCACUCUAG